AGAUASCCUUUGCAUCUGAUGAAUCGAUGAUGCGUAAAGCAGAAGACGUGAGCAGAGGAGUCCGUAUCCUAGCAACAAGAUGUUGGGUUCUGCUGGCGCGCAGGCGAUCAGACCUGGUCCCGUGUUUUUCUUUGACCAGCCAACAAGGCGAAGUCGGAUUGAAGGCAACAUUUUACAUUUCAUGAUAAGAAGUGCGGGACCACAGCCGGAAGACGMACCACUGAGGUGUCAGCAAGAGGGGGRCCAAAAAGGUGGAAGUAACAAUUCAAGCAGCCAGAACCCCUCAGGUAUAGCCUGUGAGGAUGAAGAACGUGAGCCUUCAUCAUCAUCAUCUGUCAGCGCCGCGCCAAGGGAUCCGAUGGACGCCUACAGGCGAGCAGCCCCUCAUUUAUUAAACGACUUGGCUCGUCUACUUUCACAGCAUAAGUGGUCGGAGGAAGGCCGCGCCCCCCGCGGCGUUGUCAAUAUCCUGAAUUACUCCUGGCACGAUCUGACUGCAGGGGCGCCGCUCCGCUUGAGGAGGCCAGCGGCGAUGACAGAGAACCGGAGGAGGUCCAAAGAAUCCCCGAAGGCGCAGAAAACACCCCGGGGGGUGUCUGACGGCGCCGGGGAGGAAGCAGGAGAGAGGAACUCUGGCGUGGAGAGAAAUGCUGGUUCAUUUCUCACAAAAGAUACAGCGAAUCAGAGUGAAAGAAAGGAAAAGCGAAGUUCAAAAGGAGCCGUCAGGAUCUCCGUCUCGGUCUGGAGCUGUGAGGACGCAGGUGGGAUCRCUCAGCCAGAGCAGCACCGCUGUGACGAGCCUGAGAGCGCGAGAGUGAGCCGGUGGGUGGUGGAGCGACUGAGGGCGGCCCGGAACCCACAAAAUCUGCCUCCACCUGAGCAAGAUCCGAGUACAGCUCCUGUUGUCCAUCAUUAUGGUGAUGGAGGAGGUGAGUUUACUAAUGACAGAAGAAGAAGAAGAAGAACGAUGGCGGUUGCCCCUCUGGUUGACGUUUUGCCCCAGACACCAGAAGUGAAGCUGCAGAGUCCGGUCCAGAGGAAGCUGCACUACCAGAACAACGACGGCUCCUCGUUCAUUUACUACCCGUCCGGCUGCRUGGCGGUGUGCCAGAGUCRCUCCGRUCUGCCUCACGGAGGUYUCUACACCAACGUGUUCAGYGACGRCCAGCGUCCCGCCRUUCUUCUGACCAUCACGGCGUUUGGACACGGCGCAGUCACAGACGCUGUCAGCUCCACCAUCUCGGCCGUGUGGGAUCAGGCCGGAGGAUUCAGGUUCGACAAUUACGGAAACACAACGGAGGAGUGGAGCUGGCCGACAUAUCGCCCGCUGAGGAGAAAUAUUACRAUGCAGGUCUCAGAGGAGAUCUCAGUSAAGCUGCUCAGUGGGAAGUCUGGCCUCCUCAGCUUCAGAUGCGAAGAGGAGAGUGUUCACCUUCCUCUUCGUUUUGUCGCUAAUGAMAGCCAGAUGAAGAAAGUGCCCUGUUUGCAGACGGAGAACAAAUUCAGCUCAGGUGCUGCUCAGGAGCUUCGUCUGCUAAAGAAGCAAAAAAGUCCCGCUGGCGUCUCAGAGAACAAAAUGAGCCUGAGGAAAACACCUGUGGUCAGAGAGGAGGAGCAGCAGGUGAAGCCGUCUGCUCUGUGGAGACGACGAAGAAACGCCGUGCGGGAGCUGCAGAGGCUUCAGCAGAGAGUACGGGAUGCUGCGGAGGGCUGGCUGGAUUACUAUCGCGUUGCUGUCGGUAUCAAGUGUCCCAACGCGGAGCGACUGCCAGGGGCCCCGCUGCGGGCCCGGCCGAGACGAGCGCCGCAGUCGGCUGCCCUCCCCUCCCCGAACUCACCUGAACGCGCAGCGGCUGCGUCGCGGCGUGCCGGGAGAGGCAGGAGGGAUGAGCUCGGAGAGAGUCACGAAGGAUGCCACUCGGCAGAGGAACGUCAGGAUCGCCUCGUCCAGAUGCAGAGGAGACCUAAGGAAAGCAGAAAGGAGACUCCUGUCACACAGAUUGGACCCCUUCGAAUCCAUGGCAACAUCGAACCAGGGUCAGUGACUCUCUCUCGCAGCCUGGAGCCUGAAACUAGCUGUGGUCCUGCAGACAGGGGGCCUGCUGCUCCCUGCGUCCCUCUCGCAACGUGCCCCGCUCUGCUGAGAGCUGCCCUGCGGGGGGAGGAGCGGYGGAGGAGGAGGAGGAGGUGCUGCUGCAGUGCAACACUGAUGCCAGUGGUCACCGACCUGGAGUACGAUGCUUUCAUUAUGGGCCAACCUCUCGACAGCAAACAGAUACUGGUGAUGUGUGUCACCGCACCUCAGCAGCCGGUUAACACACACACAGCAGGCAGGUGGGAUGAUUUGGAGGAUCUCUACAGGAGGAGGAACGAGCAGAGGACCAUGCCAUGCACCCAGUGCCAGAUGGACUCUUUUCGCCUGGUGAGGUACGAGAUGUCAGACGGGAUGGCGGGCUUGGUGGAGGGAAACAAAAAGGAAGUUCACUAA